AUGGUAGUCAUGUCACUAGAGACCGAUGAAAUUGCAGCCAUGGUUAGAAAAUCUGGCACCAAAUCAAUGGUUUUUGCUUAUGAUGGAACCCGAAGAAGCCACCUUAUCCAAGAAGUAUCAAAGACUGAAGGACCAGAUAGCGAGAAAUUAUCGAUCGAUUGGAACGACUAUUCCAAAAAUGCAUUCAAAAAGAUGUUAGAGAUUAGUGUUUUGAUGUUUGCACAUGGAUUACAAGAGAUUACCUAUCCAAUGUGGUUCCCAACACUAGGCAAGAGAGGCAAGGAAUAUACACCAAAGUUUAUCUCUUAUAUGUGGGGAUUGAACACUCUCUACAGUGACCCAUAUCUUCGUGAAAAGUAUGAGGCCGAUGGCAUUAGAAUCAUCUUUUAUGGCGAGUGGAGAGAAUUAUGUCGUCUUGGUGAAGACCCAGAGUUGGAAAGAUUAUUGGAAAAGAUCCAAGAAGACUCCAAACACAGAACCAAGAAUGUUUUAUUGUUUGGAACAAAUAUCUCUUCUCCUGCAACUGUUAUGGCUAAUCUUGCUAUUGAUCAUUACAAGAAAUAUAAUAAGACACCAACAAGAGAAGAAAUGAUUAUGGAUUAUUAUGGGUACCCAUUAUCAGAUGUUGAUAUGUAUGUUGGAUUCGAUAGAUUUGUAACCGAUGGAAGACCACCAAUCAUUUCAGAGAAUGGAAAUGAGAAUCUUUAUUUUACAGUUUCUCCACACUCCUUUUUUAAUAUCUCUGUUUUGAGAUCAAUUUUAUUUGAUCAUUUAUUUAAUAGAACAGUAGCAAAUACUAAAGAGUAUGAUUUAACUAGAUUGGAUAUCAAGAGUAUGCACUCAUUCUAUUCUAAAAACGAAAAGACUGCUCUUGGAGUUGGUAACAUUCAAUUAAAAGGUAAUUUCUGUAAUAGUAAUAAUAGUAAUAAUAGUAAUAAUAGUGAUAAUAGUAAUCAAAAUCAUAGUAUUAAUAAUAACAAAUGUACAUUCAAAUUAAAUAGUAGUAAUAAUAAUCAUCAUUCACCUAAUCAAUUAACCAUUAACAUCCCAGUAUUUAUUGUAGCAAGUUUUUAA